AUGAAGAUCUCUGUCACUGGCAUGGCCAUUCUAGGCGUGCUCAUCUCUUCGGUCCACUGCUCAGUGAGGCAUAAGCUCGUGACCGAUCCGAUCGGAAACAUCUGCAACUGCUCAUCAAUGUCCUGCUAUCAUCACAGCCCAUCGUCAACGCUCUAUCAAGCCUGAGCAUCUUCCCUCGCGCUGUGCCAUUGCCAAGCAAAGAUGGCACUUUCACCGACUCAAAGCUGAAAAUGCGGAGCGCCAUUACUUGUCCGAACGAUAUAACGGGACGUAAAGGAGGCGUGGUGCUGUUGGUCCAUGGGACAGCAUUGGAUGGUCAGAACAGCUGGCCACAGAGUCCCUUCGUCCAGCUCUUGCCUGAUGCGGGACCCGGCUUUGACGGUAAGCGAGUCUGGUACAGCGGCAAGUCGGAGCAAUGCUGGAGGGGAAGCACGGCGUUGAGCUUGUCGAAUCUGACGCACAAACACCUGCUGACACUUUUUUUCCCUGCAUAGUCUGCUGGGUGACGCUACCCAACAAAGGCUUGUCCGACGUACAAGUGGGCGGAGAAUACGUAGCCUACGCCAUUCAAUUUCUCUCACGACGGUCGUCGACGGGCAAAGUGUCUCUAGUCGGCCACUCUCAGGGUGGCGGUCUAAACAUUCCCCACGCGCUCAUCUACUUCCCAACAGCCCGUUCCAAAGUAUCUUCCUUCGUAGGUCUAGCUGCCGAUUUCCACGGCACCACCUUAUUGCCAGACCCCGUGUGCGCCGUGCAGACCAUUCUCAGUGGCGGAAAAGGCUGCAGCGCUAGCUUUUUGCAACAAAAGAUGGACAGCCAGUUUUUGAAGGCUCAGCAAUACUUUAUGAGCCAAGAGAUCGUCCCGUGCGUAGAGUGCCCUUGCAUUUACUCACGCAACCGUCUGCUGGAGCUGACGCAGCAUCAUCAUGUCCACCUUUGCCGAUGCGUUCCUCCACAGCACGACGAGCGUCUUCACUCGUGCGUCACCGUGCAAGGCAUUGCAGCAGCUCCCCAUCUCCAGAUUUCCUUGCUGACUUGCGUCCACCUCCACUCGUACAUUCAUGCCUGGGCUGCGCGCUUCAGGAACAGACGAAAUUGUGAUUCCUCAAAUCGGUCCCAACACCUCGUCGCGUCUUCAAGGUUCCGUACAAGUGCCGAUCCAAGAUUUCUGCGGACCUUUAGCAAUAGCGGAUCACCUGAGCAUGCUCGCAACACCCGUAGCCUACGCCAUGACCCUAGCCGCCUUCAUCUCGCCCACCGGCAAGCCGAAUUUGCACACGUUUGACAAGAUUCAAUGGUGAGUGGCUAGCAGGCGCGUGCGCUUGCGUCUCGCGAUGUGCCUUUUCGUCGGAUGACGUGUGCUUGAUAUCGAGCGGCACGAGAUAUUUUCUUGACCCCCCCUGCCCCUUGCCCACUGGCCGCAGCUACAAUCUCACGAAUGCCAAUCUCAACUCGGACGACGUCAUUCCGACUGUGGACUUCGUGACCACCUUGGUAGGCAGCGUAGCCGGUAGCGGUGGGGUCUACACCAAAGGUGAACCACCUCUGAAGCCCUACAUUUGCCAGAAUGACGCUCCAGUGCGAUGCAGCUGA